CCGAGGGGUGGGGAGAAGGGGAGGAGGCCUUAGCAGCCAGCAGAGAGAAGUGGCCAGAGAGGCCCAGGGGACAGCCAGAGACAGGCAGGCAUGCAGUCAGGGCCCCAGGGCCUGGACAGGGCCUUCCAGGCCCUGUGACAGGAGGACCCCGAGCCCCUGGCCCGGGGAGGGGGCCAUGGUGCUGCCUGCCCAACAUGUCAGCCGAGGUGCGGCUGAGGCGGCUCCAGCAGCUGGUGCUGGACCCUGGCUUCCUGGGGCUGGAGCCCCUGCUCGACCUUCUCCUGGGCGUCCACCAGGAGCUGGAUGCCUCCGACCUGGCCCAGGACAAGUAUGUGGCCGACUUCUUGCAGUGGGUGUUGGUCCCUGUGAUUCUCGGUUCUCAUCUCCCCCUGCCCUCAGUGGAGCCCAUCGCGGCGAGGCUUAAGGAGGCCCGAUUGCAGAGGGAUGACUUUGAGAUUCUGAAGGUGAUCGGACGCGGGGCGUUCAGUGAGGUAGCGGUGGUGAAGAUGAAGCAGACAGGCCAGGUGUAUGCCAUGAAGAUCAUGAAUAAGUGGGACAUGCUGAAGAGAGGCGAGGUGUCGUGCUUCCGUGAAGAGAGGGAUGUGUUGGUGAACGGGGACCAGCGCUGGAUCACGCAGCUGCAUUUCGCCUUCCAGGACGAGAACUACCUGUACCUGGUCAUGGAGUACUAUGUGGGCGGGGACCUGCUAACGCUGCUGAGCAAGUUUGGGGAGCGGAUCCCGGCUGAGAUGGCGCGCUUCUACCUGGCCGAGAUUGUCAUGGCCAUAGACUCGGUGCACCGGCUGGGCUACGUGCACAGGGACAUCAAACCGGACAACAUCCUCCUGGACCGCUGCGGCCACAUCCGCUUGGCGGACUUUGGCUCCUGCCUCAAGUUGCGGGCUGAUGGGACGGUGCGGUCGCUGGUGGCUGUGGGCACCCCGGACUACCUGUCUCCUGAGAUCCUGCAGGCCGUGGGUGGUGGGCCCGGGACUGACAGCUAUGGGCCCGAGUGUGACUGGUGGGCGCUGGGCGUGUUCGCCUAUGAAAUGUUCUACGGGCAGACGCCCUUCUAUGCUGACUCCACAGCCGAGACCUACGGCAAGAUCGUGCACUACCAGGAGCACUUGUCUCUACCAAUAGCGGUCGCAGGGGUCCCUGAGGAGGCUCGUGACCUCAUCCAGCAGCUGCUGUGUCCCCCUGAGACUCGCCUGGGCCGGAAUGGAGCAGGCGAUUUCCAGAAGCAUCCUUUCUUUUUUGGCCUCGACUGGGACAGCCUCCGAGAGAGCGUGCCCCCUUUUACACCAGAUUUCGAGGGUGCCACUGACACAUGUAACUUCGAUGUGGUGGAAGACAGGCUCACUGCCAUGGUGAGCGGGGGCGGGGAGACACUGUCGGACAUGCGGGAAAGCAUGCCGCUGGGGGUCCACCUGCCUUUCGUGGGCUACUCCUACUCCUGCAUGGCCCUCAGGGACGAUGAGAUCCCGGGCUUUAUGCCCAUGGAACUGGAGGCCGAGCCAUUGCCUGAGCCACCUGUGCAAGAGCCCAGCCUGGAACCCACGGUGCCCCCACCAGAGGACACAGAGCCAGGCUGCCCGAAGACUGGUUCCCAUACCCAGGUUGAAGUGGCAGUUCCGGAGGCAGUUCUGGAGGCCGUUCCGGAGGCGGUGGUGGAGGCCUUUCCCGAGGCAGUGCCAGAGGAGGCCGUGGCAGAGGCAGAGGUGACACUGAGGGAGCUCCAGGAAGCCCUGGAGGAGGAGGUGCUUGCCCGGCAGAGCCUGAGCCAGGAGCUGGAGGCCAUCCGCAUGGCCAACCAGAACUUCGCCAGUCAACUCCGCGAGGCCCAGAUCCGGAACCGAGACCUGGAGGCUCAAGUUCGGCAGCUGCAAGACCGGAUGGAAUUGCUGCAGGUCCAGGGAGCCACAGCUGUCACGGGGGUCCCCAGUCCCCGGGCCACGGAACCACCUUCCCAUCUAGAUGGCCCCCCGGCCGUGGCUCUGGGCCAGUGCCCGCUGGUGGGGCCAGGCCCCAUGCACCGCCGCCACCUGCUGCUCCCUGCCAGGGUCCCUAGGCCUGGCCUAUCGGAGGCGCGUUCCUUGCUCCUGUUCGCCGCUGCUCUGGCUGGUGCAGCAGCCUUGGGCUGCUGCAUUGGGUUGGUGUCCUGCGCCGGCCAUCUCGCCCGGGUCUGUCCCCGCCCGGGAGCCUCCUUUGCCCCCUGAACCCUAGAACCCGAGCCUGUCUUCCACUCGGGCUCUACUGGAGGGUUGGGUGACCCGGGCACGGCCCAGAAGCCACUCCCACCGCCUGGCGAUUCUCCGCACUUCAAGCGUGGGUCUGCGCCCCAACUCCAGCCCUGUGAUCCGGGCCAGCCCCCUGGCGGCCGGGGAGGGAGGAGCCGGGGCCGCGGCGAAAGGGAGGAUUUUAGCCGGGAUUGCUGCUGCUGCUGCUGGGGGGAUCGCGAACCUCUUUCUUCCUCCAGCCUGGCUGAGGCCCCGACGUGGAUGGGCAAACUGCGACCUAGAGAAGGCAGCAGGGCCAUGGCUUGGCAUCCGUUUUUCACUCUCCAUGCACCCCCACCACAUCGGCUCGCAAACCACAACUCUUCCUUGUGCAUGAGGCCCUUCCCUCCCGGGAAGACUUAUCUUUACGCGGCGAACGUCUAGCGCGAGUUCUGCCUGCUCUCUCGGGAACAUUUUGCUUUUGACAGCCCCGCUUUUUCGGGGACUCUCGGGCCCUCCUCACGUGCGCUGCUCUCGGAGCCACAGCCGGCUCCGCCCGCCUUGGCGGUUUGGGUAUUUAUUGACCUGUCCUCCGACCCGCUGACAGGCUCCAGGACCCCAGCACCCUAAUCCACGUUUUGGAUGCACUGAGACCCCGACAUUCCUCGAUAUUUAUUGUCUUUCCCCACCUAGGAUCCCCACCCCCGACCCUCGCGAAUAAAAGGCCCUCUCGUCUGCCCAAA